ACAAGAUAAGGAGGCAAUAGUUAGUUUAUUGAUAGAUGAUGAUUCAAGUACUAGUAAUGGAUUUGCUGUUAUUCCUAUAACUGGGAUGGCAGGGGUGGGCAAAACAACUCUUGCUCAGCUUGUCUACAAUGAUGACAGGAUAGAAUCUCAUUUUGGUUUCAAGGCUUGGGUUAGUGUUUCUGAGGAUUUUGAUAUUAUCAACAUAACAGAAACAAUUUUAUGUUCCAUCGGCGCUGAGACUGGUAAUAUUAAUGAUCUAAACUUGCUUCAAGUCAAGUUGAAGCAAAAACUGUCUGAAGUGAAAUAUUUGCUUGUUUUAGAUGAUAUUUGGAAUGAAAAUCCCAAUUAUUGGGCUACCCUAAGCCAACCAUUUGAAGCUGGAUUACGAGGAAGUAAGAUUAUUGUCACAACUCGGAAUCGGGGUGUUUCAUCUAUGGUAGGUACACUGCCAGCGCACCAGUUGAAAGAGUUGUCAAAUGAAGCAUGUUUGUGUAUAUUUACUCAACAUUCAUUGGGCAGAACAGAUUUUAACAUGCAUCCACACUUGAAGGAAAUUGGAGAAAAGAUAGUGAAAAGGUGUGAUGGUUUGCCUUUGGCAGCUAAAAGUCUUGGUGGUCUGCUGCAUGGUAAAUAUGACAUCAACGAGUGGGAAAACGUACUAAAUAGCAAGAUGUGGGCUUUACCAGAAGAGAAAUGUGACAUUAUUCCAGCUCUUAAAGUAAGUUAUUAUUAUCUUUCUUCACAUUUGAAACGGUGCUUUGCAUAUUGCUCACUCUUUCCAAAGGGUUAUGAAUUUGAAAUGGAAAAUAUUAUUUUACUAUGGAUGGCUGAGGGUUUAUUACAACCUGAAAAUAAUGUGAAGAAAAUGGAAGAAUUAGGUCGUGACUAUUUUUGUGAGCUAAAAUCAAGAUCAUUUUUCGAAGAAUCAAAAUCGAGUAGGUCAGUAUUUGUGAUGCAUGAUCUUAUUCAUGACCUUACUUAGUGGGCUGCAGGAGAAG